AAGUCUUGUGAGUUUAUUUGACAUUUACCGUUAAGCAAACAGCCAACUUGAUAUACAUAUAACUAAGUCUUCCUUUGCAUAAUACAGUAUUUACUUACCUAUUUCAUCGCGUUAGAACAAUAAUUAAAUAAUUUUUCGUCACUGAAACUGACUUUGAAUCCACAAGGAAUAGAAAAAUAACCAGAGACACGGGAGAGUUCUUUCUUUGUCUGAUAUAACCUCUCAAACCAGAAAGAUAUUUCAAUGACAUAAGCCGCACAGUUAGCUAAUUUCACGUGUAUUGUGUUGUCAAGUAGUCAAUUUCUAAUUAUUCUUCGUGCAUAAAAAUCAUAAAAACUACGCAAAAUGUCUGAUUGGGAUACAGUAACCGUGUUGAAGAAGCGAGCCCCCAAGGCCUCAGUAAUGAAAAGCGAACAGGCAGUUAAUGCGGCCAGACGACAAGGCAUUGCUGUCGACACACAGCUGAAAUGGGGUGCUUCGAGCAAUAAACAACAUGUAACCACAAAAAACACCGCAAAGCUGGACAGGGAAACAGAAGAACUGAAACACGAUACAAUUCCAUUGGAUGUGGGCAAACUGAUCCAGCAAGGACGCCAGUCAAAAAACAUGAGCCAAAAGGAGCUGGCCACGAAAAUAAACGAAAAGCCCCAAGUUAUAACGGACUACGAAGCCGGCAAAGGAAUACCUAACAAUGUAAUUCUCGGAAAAAUCGAACGGGUCUUAGGGCUCAAGCUAAGGGGAAAAGGCAAAGGUAAAGCGGUACAGCUUCUGGGCUCUCAAAAGUAGGGCCCUUGGGCCUUCCCAGGAUGUAACAACUGUCACCCUUAAGCAAAAUUUCUCAAUAUCACGGAAUUUUCCAAAUAAUAAGCAUUUUUCAAGCAAAAGGCGAACUUAAAAUUGAUGAAGUAGUUUUGAAUGUAGGUCACUUCAGUCAUCUUGUAGGUGGUUGCAUUUAACGAACGUAUAUAACUCACCGUUUCAUUUUGGAAUUUUAAUAUUACGUACAUACUUAAUUGUACUGUUUAAUAAAGCAUACUGAACUUAACAAA